AUGUUGGGUUUCUACUUCCGGAUUGUUCUGUGUCAACUGAUGCUUGGUCGUCUUAGUUCAAUGUCACUUAACGAUGGAAAUAAGACAGCGACUAUUUCCAAUACUACAAACCUGUUGUACCAGUUCUUUCUUCUUUGUGGUCCAGAAUAUUUUUGUCACCCGGAAAAGCUGACGUUUGGAUUUGAUAUUAUAAAAACUCGUCGCACAGAAAUAUGUGCGGAUUGCAGAUGUGACCGAGAUUGCACCACAGACGGCAAUUGUUGUGUAGAUGUGAUUUUUUCGUUACCACUUCCUGUUUGUGUUGAUUCUUCAAUCGCCGAUGGACAAGUUUUCCACCUUUCAAAUGAUGUGUUCAUGACGAAUUCGUGUUUAAGUAAUACUGUCAAUGAUACAUGGAGAGGAUCAUGUGAAACUAACGAUAUUGUUUUUAAAGCUGGACGGGUAGAGUUCCCACCUGUGACGUCACGUCGGUACAGACAAACAUUUAAAAAUAAAUUUUGUGCUGAAUGCAAUGGCGUAUUUGACUACAACGAGUGGAGUUUAUCAAUGACUUGUCCAGAGCUGACUGAUUUUAAUUUCUACUCUUCUUUUGAUGAGAUAUUCGAAAAAGUUGAUUCUGAGGAUUGUGGUGUCGGCUUUAGCACAAUUGACGACGAUAUGCAUAAAUGCGACCGAGACUUCGUCGACGUUUUGUCGAGGUCAAAGUGCAAUGUAACAGGCGCCUGGGUAACAUACGAUCAGGACAUCGACCUAGCCUGUAACUCGAUCUACAGUCUCAGACAUGGACUUUAUACAAACAUAUUUUGUUUUAUGUGUAAUCCCCCAGCUUACAAUGAUAAUGUAAUAUCUUCUUGUAAUGUAACUGGUUUGUGGAAUCAAAGAAUGGAUAGCUUAGAACGAGCAUGUGAGGUUCAUGCUAAAUCACCAAACACGGUGCCCUAUAAAAACAUAUUUUGCUUCCUUUGUAACCGAAACAACAGUCAUUCGUCUCCGUAUUUCGAUGUGUAUACAGACAAGAUGACUGAAGAUAUCCAUUUUCGUUCUAGCAAUGGAAAACUUACGUUUGUGUACAAGUUUUUAUUCACAUCUUACAAUGUUGACUAUUAUGAUACAAUUGUUUCGUCGACACAAACUCAAAAUUCGGGGAAAUCUGAAAAAGGCGCGACAGAUAAAUGGUCGAAUUCUCGAUGGAACUCAGUACAAAACGUAUCGGCGGAUAGUUUUCUCCCUUGGUCAAUUGACAUGCAGUGCGAAGAAGAUCUGAAUUUAAGGUACCAUACUACUAUGUAUGACGUCAUUAAUUUUGCGAAACGAAUUGGAUGUAUCUUAGAAACAUCAUCUAAAGGAGUGUCCCGACGUCGCCUGCUGUCCUGCUACCCGGGCAAGGUACUUGACGGGUCGGAAUGCUUCCCUCUGCUGAGAACUACCACUCGCCUGAAAUAUAUUCUGGCCUUUUCGCUCGAAGGAACCAUUGAUAGCACAAAACAAACACUAUUUGCUGAUACAAGACUGUCAGUGCUUUCUGAAAUAAAAAAGAGAUUGUCUUUAGAAGAGUUGUAUAUCAUAUCGUUUCAUAUCAUGUCAAAUAUUUCUUGUGACAUUAACAAUCUGACUGAGUCAAAAGGUGUGCAUCUCCUGAUCCAAACAACCUUCACCAUAGUGAAAGUCGUUGAGAGACUGCAAACAGAGCAGACAUUGUUAAACCUGAUAAAGCAGAAUUUCGUAAUAUCAGAAGUCUCGUUCAUUUCGAGACCAGCCAGUGAAGCGUAUCUUCUGCCAUCAGUUCCUGGUUCCAACUUCAACGGCUACUGCGUUCAAAAAGUUCUGCAAGCCUACAAAAGCUGGAUCACUCUGCCAAGCAUUCGUGCAAUCCUUGUGUCAGAGGUCUUGACUUGUCGCCAUGUUGUGUUGGAUCCAGAGGAGUACAGCAUUAAGUUAGAAACGCUAGAGCUUACUCUGAAAUAUACUUCUAAGAAGUUUCACCAGGAUAAAUUUCUGCGCAUGCCCGAUCACAGUGUACAGCUUUGUUUGAACGACUAUCUAGAAAUCCUAGACGAGUACACGGCCAGUACGAAGGACGACACUUUCAGACAAGCUUUAUCUGUAACAACACUUGUUUGUACAGCUGCCUCGCUAUUAUUCCUGUUCAUUACAUUUUGUACAUAUUCGUUAUUCCGUGCGAUGCGUUCAGUUCCGGGAGUAAAUAAUAUGAGCCUUGUUUUCGCAAUGUUCUUCUCGCAAGCAUUUUUUCAGUUUGGUUUUGAUAAGACAUCCCAUGCCUCAUUAUGUAAGUCUAUUGGAGUUUUCACACAUUACUUUUGGCUGGCAACAUUUGCUUGUAUGAAUAUCUGCACCUAUCAUAUGUAUAGCGUGUUUGCUACAAGCACAUUGACGGCGAGACACAGGAACGUGCGAAAAACAAUAACAACAUACAUUUUAUACUCGUAUGGAACACCGGCAUUAGUUGUUCUUGUCAACAUUAUCACGUCAUACGUCAUAUCACGUGUUGAUGACGUCAAUUCCGGUUUCACCGAGAUUGGGUAUGGUGGAGGAUCUUGUUUCAUUUCUAACAAAGUCUCGUUGUACGUGACGUUUUUAGCACCAGUUGUGCUGAUAUGUAUUAUCAACUUGUUCAUGUUUAUUCGUGUUGCCAUACAAAUUGGGUCGACACCAAAGGUGGAAAGUACAAAGGCGCAAAGACUUGAUUUCGUGAUAUAUGUGAAGUUAUUUUCUAUAACUGGCAUUACAUGGAUAUUUCUAAUCAUAGACUCGUUUUUCCCUUUGUCGGUGUUUAGUUUUAUCGUAACAUUUCUGACUGGUUUUCAGGGUGUGGCGAUAUUUUCCAGCUUCGUUUGGAACAACAGGGUGUUUUCUCUUUAUAAGGCACUUUGUCUUAAGCGUAAUAAUACAUCUUCGUCGAAAUACUCCACUCAAUCUGUAGAAGUUGUGUCAAGUUCGAUGUAA